AUGGUGACCCAUGCUAACAGUGAGUUCAAGAAUCUCAAGUCUAAACCUCAGCUAGCUUUCAUUGAAGUGGACGCUUGUGGACUCGUUUUCAUGCGCAGCAGCAGAGCAGUCAACAUAGUGAAUGAAGUGUCGCUCGAUGGUUGGACUGGAACCUUACGAAAGCCACAGGCUUCAAUAGUGAGGCUCCUUGACCGUCUGCAGAAAUGGAAAUCUGUGCGACGGGCUAAAAUGCUUCGGUAUGCUUUCACCACCGAAGCCUCAGCAUAUGGCUCCAUCUCCAGCAUCAAUAUCGAUACGGAAGUCACGAUUAGACAUCAUUUCGACAUCACCUUCACCAAACUCGAUCCAUACUUCAAUUCCAUGUACAACGGCGAAGUCAUCAGAAAUCGGGUCGGCACCACAUCUUCAUACCUAAACUCGGAGAUUAACGACAUUGCGUUGACCGGAGGCACUACCUACUGGGGCGGCAAUGCUUCCAUUCCAAUCACCGGAGCUGUGAUUCAGAAUCCUGCAAACUUUCCUGUCGAGCAAGCCGGGUUUACAGUUAAUGAUGGAGGCCGCACUCUGGCUCGCAGUGGCAAAAUUCAGGCUGCGAAUACGAUGGCUAUUUUGGAUGGAUGGCUGUAUCUUACCACCAAUCCACAGGAACUUGCUCUUGGAAGACAGUAUAAUAAUGUUGAUAAGCGACAAGGCCCUUUUAAGAGCUACCAUAUUUGGAUUGGUAGAGGUCCUGCUGUUUAA